AAAAUGUUCGUGUGAUCGAUUUUUACAUGAUUUUAAUUAAUUAAUAUAUAAUACCACAGCUAUUUUACACAACUUUGUGAAGCGAGAUAUAUUUGAAGGCUGUUAGAUAUAUUUUUUUAGCUGUACUAUGAGAGAAACAGAGAAAAUGACGGAUCCUUUUGCGUCUGACUCUGGUAUCGAUUCUCCAGCUCACGAAAGUUUGAAGAAUGUUGAUGGUUGCUAUAACAAGAAUAUAUUGAAGAGCAAAUCGUUUGCAAAUUCACGUCGUGCCUUGCAAUCGGGCGCUGAGAAGAUUUCCAGGACAUUUAGGAGCAUGAGAAAUACUUUUGGAAACUUGUCCCAGCAUUUCAGACUCGGUGGUAGGCGCAGGCACCGACUCACCGAGAAUGGAACGCCGUGCAAGACUCCAUCUACUCCAAUUGCUAAAAAGAAGGUGCUUGGCCGAAGCCCUACUAAGCUGUACAGUCCAUUUGGCAUAGAAACUCCUUGCAGCAGGGACUUCCGAAUGUCACCAUAUAUGCCGGAUACACCAGAUCAUGGGCUUUCUCCUAAGAGGCGUAAAGGCAUCCCCACCUGGCAUAUCCUGUCGAAGAAGCGGCCGAGAGCCUUGUUCCACUGAGGCUGUACUUAAAUGCAUAAAAUUGUAUCCCACCGCUUGAGUAAGAUUAGCUUUCUUCUAUAAUAAAUCAAUAUUUAUUUAUAUGCAAUUGGUGCUAUAUUUGUGUAGUGUAUGAGUUAAGGUGAAUAUCCACUGAAAAUGUUUUAUAAUCAUGAUUGUGGGUUUAGGAUGGGCUUAAAAAAUAAAGGUGAUUUUUGCAUAUUAUGAGGCAAUACAAGGGCUUAGUAAAAGUUUGGUUUAAUGGUUGCUUUUAAAUAUGUUUAUAUGAGGUAAUCACUCUUGGAUGGAGGUCAACACACUUGGACGUUUACAAUAUAGAUCUAAAAAGUAUGUGGAUAUAAUUUAUGAUAUGAAAAGACUUCUUGUAUCAUGGUGAACAAGUAAAAGUAACCACAAUCCCUGAUUAAUAAAUAAGUGGAAAUUCAAACUCCACAAUCUUGUGUCUUGAAAUACUAUAUAGCUAUAGUUUUUAAUACAUAUGCACAUUGCACAGUAUUUCAAUGCAAUGGGAAACCAAGUGAAACAGCUGGUGGUCCAUAACAUACUGUUUUAUUCAAGGCAUGUCCUGGGCAAAUUUAACAAGAGACAGGAGAUUGGACUCACAUAAUUGGUAUUUGCAUUCUACAUACAAUGUUUGGUCAUCAUGCACUAUAAAAUGGGCAUAUUCAUCAUCCUUACUAUUUGGUUUUGAGCUAUCUUCAUCAUGUUUCCGCUUCGCGUCACUCUUACCUCUUCUGUCCUAUCUAUACAUUUCUCCUUCGUGUAUUUUAUAUUUGAAAGAUUCUAUGAAUAUAAUUAUGUGUUAUUUACUCUUGUGUUGGGUUUUCGCAUUUCUUUUUUUAAAUUUCUAUUACUGUUAUUGUUUACUGAUCUCUGCAUGAUAUCUUCUAAUUAACAUUGUCAAACGCCUUAUCUAGGUUGACAUAUGCUAUUUGUGUUAACCUACGUCAAAUUCUCCUGCCUAUUGCUUAUACAUUUUUCUCUUGCAUAAAGCCUUAUCUUAAUUUUUGUUCCAUUUCACUUUAUAUAAAUAUUCUAUGUACUUUUUCGAUCUUUUUGUUACUUUCUUAAUGUUUAUAAGUAUUUGCCCGUCUUCAUUUAAAAUACCUGAUUAUGAGUUUCGUUGCGUAUUACAAUUUCGUAAGCUAUGUCAGUUUUUCACCACCUUCUUAUUCUCUUCAGAUUCUCUCUAUUUGAUAAUCUUCUGUAACAUCAUCUAUUUUUUUUCUACCAUGAAAUCUGUAAUUUCUGAAUCUUAACAGAACUUCGUUGCAAAUAGCAGGUACAGACUGUUGUUUUACACAUAUAGCUAUGAUUCAGUGUGAUGGACUCUCAGGUAUAAGUGACUUAUUAUUCCACAUAAAAUCACAAAGCUCAUUUAUUUAUAAAACAUUUAAAUGAUAAGUUUCAGUGGAUGUAGUGCCUAAAAAUGCCUUACUUAUCAAUAUUUCAUUGUCUACACUGACAAAUGUAUGGAAUCAAUGAUUUGUAUGAAAGUUGAAUGUGAUUGGCUUAUAAAAGUAUUAUCGAAAUAUAUUCAGUAUUAUGGUAUGCCAAAAUGUUAUCAGCUUUAUGAGUAAGGUCCAGGUGUAAGAGGAAACGUAUUGUGGGAAAACUUGAGGUACGGGAUGUAAGCCUAUUAAGACUGUGAUGUAGCUCUUGCUUGGGGUGUUUUACCAAAAUUAAAUUAAUUUAACAGCAGUUUGCCAGUGUUAACUUAAAAACAGUGUUGGGAAAAAUUUAAUUGUUCUGGCAAUUAAAGAUUGACAAUUGAUUAAUUGUCAAUUGCGAAACAGCA